AUGGAGCGUCGACGUCAACACCAUAGUUGCGAUCCUUGUCGGAAGGGGAAGAGAGCUUGCGAUGCGCCCGCUCGGAGGGACCGGCAAGGUGCAACUUCAUCUGUAUCAGGAGCCUCAGCAGUACGCCAGGAGGUGGGCAGUCGGAGGGUGCUAGCAGAGACCAAUCUCAACAUCCCGUGCUCGAACUGCAAGAAAUAUAAUCGAGAAUGCACCUUCAACUGGUUAGUUGAGAACCGUGCUACCGCGCGGGGAGGUCGAAAGCAGAAGAGUCGUAAUGUGAGCAACUUGCCUAGAGCUGAGGGAGACGUGGUCUCGAGUCGAGCGGGCUCGGGAACGGACCUGUUGGAUGAUAUGCUGUACUCCUCGUCGUGGCAAUCCGACAAUACCGGGAAUGGGGUGUCGUCGAACGGUUCUACUGAUCAGCCAGGGACUUGGUCGAUGCAGCCGAACGCCGUCUCAAUACCGCUGAGGAGCAGGGAGUCUGACCUCGACCCGUUCAGUAUCAUGCUUUGGAACGCAAAUACAGCACACGUACCUCCGAGCAAUGCGGAAACGUCGGGCUCGGCUGAGGACAGUUGUUCGAGCUUUGACUACUACCAACAGAGCUUGUCGAGCUCGGGACCGCACUCUCUCGAUGAGACUCUGGAUCUACUUCAACAAUUUGACGAUUCAAGUCCGGGAUUGAGUGGCUCUUAUUACUCUUCGUCACCCGGCUUUGUCAUACCGGACAGCAGUGACGGUCUACAAACGUUCCCAGCAGACGGUCUAUAUCCACAUGGGACCAAAGAUAAUCUAUUUGUUCUUUCCGAUAACAUAUCCGACAGCUAUGCCCGCUCGAUGAUGACACAGAAUCUCAUCCGCAUAUACCAUGACAGCAUGGAGAAUGCAUUGUCCUGCUGGCUCACGGAGCAAAACUGUCCCUACAACACGGCAGUCCCAUACACCUCACCAAGCGGGCUCUCCAGUAAAGCGCAAGCGGCAUGGGGACCGAACUGGACGAACCGGGUCUGUACUCGAGUAUGUCGACUAGAUCGAGCGUACGCCUCCGUCCGGGGUCGGAAUCUGAGCGCCGCAGAAGAGAAAAUGGCAUCCAGAGCUCUCCACACCGCAAUCAUGGCGUUCGCCUCACAAUGGGCGCAGAAGAUGCCGAGGAGCAAUGGCUUUUCUCCGACCUCGCCCGUCGCGCAGCAUGAGCGUGUCAUCCGCGAGAACCUGUGGAACCAGGCGCAUCGGGCUCUGGAGAAUGCAGCGGGUAUACCUUCGUUCCGAGUUGCGUUUGCGAACAUCAUCUUCUCCAUUGGACAGCGUCCGCUCAACGUCGACGAGGAGAUGGAGUUACAUGAGUUGCUGGAGAACGACAGCGCGCCACUGUUCAUGGAGGCGGCUGUGCGACAGCUAUUCUCCAUCCGAUAUAAAUUGACACGUCUCGAGCGGCAGAAACCAAAGUCGCGAAGUUCGCCAGAGCAGAGCAACAUCGAUCUAGCCAGUAUGGAUAUACCCUCUCCCCAGACGGAUGCAUUCUACGCCGACCCCGAGCACCAGGAAACCGUCAACCUUCUUUUCUGGCUAGUGGUCAUGUUCGAUACCCUACAGGCCGCGAUGUAUCAGCGGCCGCUGGCCAUCUCCGACGAGGACAGCCAGAUAACGUCCGUUUCACCGUUGCCCUCAGAUGCCAAAACCGACAGCACUGUCGACCUCGACGGCUGGAACAUCACAUACACCCGCGCAUUAAAGGAAAAACAAGACCUAUGGGGCGACUUCUUCCUCCACAAACGCUCCGCACGCCAGGGCUCAAACCCACCCCGCUGGCCAUGCUCCUACGAAGAAGCCGCCGAGAUCCUCUCCGACGCCAGCCCCGUCAAAGUCCUCCUCUUCCGACAGGUCACCCGCCUCCAGACCCUCGUCUACCGCGGCGCCAGCCCCGAACGCCUCGAAGAAAUCAUCCAGAAGACCCUCCGCAUCUACCAACACUGGAAUACAACCUACAAGCAGUUCUUCCAGAGCUGCAACGCAAACCACGACGACCUCCCCCCGCGCAUCCAGUCGUGGUACGUCAUCGUCGCAGGACACUGGCAUCUCGCCGCCAUGCUGCUAGCAGACACCGUCAAAGGUAUCGACGAGGGCCGACUCGGUCUAGAAAGCCGCCGCGAAGCCCGCACCGCAAUCGACUUCGUCGCGACCCUCCGACGGGAUAACGCGCUCGCCGUCGGGGCCAUCGCACAGCGCUCCCUACAGGGCAGGGAGUCCCUGUCCAACCGCAUCCGGUUCUACCACGACGCCGUGAACGAGGCUGCGUUCUUGACUGAGCCGUGGACGCUUGUCCUUAUUCGCUGUUUCGCCAAGGCGGCGUAUAUUCUUCUAGACGAUAUCACGCCGCUAUCGCAUGGCUAUAGACCGGAUGAUCCGUCCGAGUAUGCAAGGCGGAACUGCGAGUUCUGUAUCUCGGCCUUGUGGUGUCUGGGGACGAAAUCGGAUAUGGCGUUUGUGGCUGCGCGGUCGUUGUCGAAGCUGUUGGAUAGACGACUAGGUAAAGGUGUCGAUCAGUUUUGUUCUGUAGGGGAGGGUGUCCGGGUUUCCUCGAUGCCGCUUUUUGAUGAACGUGUCUCAGCCGGGUUAGGCAAUAUCAGUAUACCGGUUUAG